AUGGCCAAAAAAGUGAAAAGCAGCAAGAGGAACGAACAACCUGCUAAGAGAAAGCAUGAGGAUGAAGAUGUUUCCAACUCGGACUCGGAGAAGUUGGUCAACGAGUUAGAUGAGGAUUUUGAUGAAGUAGCUCAGUUACUUGGCGACAACGUACAAGACCCAGAGAAAAAGAGCUCCAAGCAACAAAAAAAGGAAGAGAAAUUGGCUGAAGAAGAAGUAACCCAAAGCAAGGCCAUUAAGCCUGCUGCGCAAGAGAAUGACGAAAAUGACGAGGGGGAAGACAAUUAUGAUUUUGAAGAGGCUGGAUUUUCCGAGCCUACGCUCAAGGCGAUCAGACAAAUGGGCUUCAAGAAGAUGACCAAGGUCCAGGCAAAGACGAUUCCACCAUUGUUAGCUGGUAGAGAUGUUUUGGGCGCUGCAAAAACUGGUUCUGGUAAGACGUUGGCCUUUUUGCUUCCAGCCAUUGAACUUUUGUACUCGUUGAAGUUCAAGCCAAGAAACGGUACAGGUGUGGUGAUCAUCUCCCCAACCAGAGAAUUAGCUCUUCAAAUCUUUGGUGUUGCACGUGAGUUGAUGGAACACCACACGCAAACAUUUGGUAUUGUUAUUGGAGGUGCCAAUAGAAGACAGGAGGCUGAUAAGUUGGUUAAGGGUGUGAAUUUAUUGAUUGCCACCCCUGGUCGUUUGUUGGACCAUUUGCAGAACACCCAAGGUUUUGUGUUCAAGAACUUGAAGGCUCUUGUCAUUGACGAAGCUGAUAGAAUUUUGGAGAUUGGUUUCGAGGAGGAAAUGAAGCAAAUCAUCAAGAUUUUGCCUAACGAAGACAGACAGUCGAUGUUGUUCUCUGCCACACAAACCACCAAGGUCGAGGAUUUGGCCCGUAUGUCCUUGCGUCCAGGACCUUUGUACAUCAACGUUGUGCCUGAAAGUGCUGCUUCGACCGCUGAUGGUUUGGAACAAGGUUAUGUUGUGUGCGAGAGUGAUAAGCGGUUUUUGCUUUUGUUUUCCUUCUUGAAACGCAAUGCUAAGAAGAAGAUCAUUGUUUUCCUUUCGUCUUGUAACUGCGUCAAGUACUUUGGUGAAUUAUUGAACUACAUUGACUUGCCUGUGUUGGAUUUACACGGCAAGCAAAAACAGGCGAAGCGUACUAACACCUUCUUUGAAUUCUGCAAUGCCAAGCAGGGUAUUUUGAUCUGUACUGAUGUGGCUGCUAGAGGCUUGGACAUUCCAGCUGUGGACUGGAUUGUGCAAUUCGACCCUCCUGAUGACCCAAGAGACUACAUUCAUCGUGUAGGAAGAACGGCACGUGGUACGCAAGGUAAGGGCAAAUCGUUGAUGUUUUUGACGCCCUCUGAGUUGGGCUUUUUGCGUUAUUUGAAGGCAGCCAAUGUUCCUCUCAACGAGUACGAGUUCCCAGCCAACAAGAUUGCCAAUGUUCAAAGCCAAUUGACCAAGUUGAUCAAGAGCAAUUUCUGGUUGCACCAAUCGGCCAAGGACGGUUACAGAUCGUACUUGCAAGCAUACGCCUCGCAUCAUUUGAAAACCGUGUACCAGAUUGACAAGUUGGACUUGGUGAAGGUGGCAAAAUCUUUCGGCUUUGACGUGCCACCUAAGGUGAACAUUACCAUCGGGGCCAGCGGAAAGUCGGUCGAAAAGAAGCACAAGAAGCAAAGACGGAACUAG